AUGUGCUUUAGCCGCCUUAGCCACAAACUCAAGUCUUACGUUGAACCUGGCUGGUGCGUGUCAACACUGUUCAGCCAUGCUCGUCCGGACAAACCGGAUGUAGUGCCCUGUUUCACCGAUUCGAUCCUUGCUGCAGUCUUGGACGUUGCGGGGGAGAUGACGGAGGCAUCAACAACCAACGCCACUUAUUUCUUCUCGCUGGCAUUCCAGCAAGAUGCUAUGGAGGAGCCUGCGCCUCAGAUACUGUCCACGGCCAGUCUUCUCUCUGUGAAGGCCAGAGGCAAUGAUUGGGCAUUCCUGGAAGCUCGAAGAGAAGGCAUGCUGAAGGCUAUGACCCGGUCUUCGCUGGUGCUUGCCAUACUGCUGCUGGUUCAGAGUGCAUAUUUGACUCAGUCUUUCUUGGCCGGUGACCUUGCCAUUCCAGGUCUGAGGGAGGUGCUCAUUCACCGCGUCACAUGCAGCGGUGCACUUCUCCUGACGUUGGUCGCGGUAGCGAGCCUGGGUCUGGUACAGUGCUUCUCUGCCUCGGCGAGAAGCGUCGAGAGGUGCAUAGCUUUCAUGGUCCCGGUGAUCAUCUUCGCUGUGCCACACAUUGACUACCACUAUGUGUUGAGGAUGUAUCGGCUAGCCGAAGACUUUUUCAUGAGCCCGGACAACCCGGACUGUUACAACUAUUCCUCAGAUUCCAGGCUCAUGCUCUCGUGGAUUUCGCUGCUGACGGCUGCACACUUCUUCCUGAACGUGCGGUGGUUCAUGCUGAUCCCAACGCAGCUGGCAGGAGUGCUCACCUAUGUCGUGUGCGCGGUCCUCGGGAGUCCAGAAGGCGUUUUCAACGUCCCUAUGAACUUGGCGCUCUUCGGUGGCGUCACGGCCCUGGCGUCCCUGGCCAAGCGGCAGCUGGAGAAUCAUGAGCGCCAACAGCGUCUGCAGCUGAUCUCCGAGAGGGUCGCACGCUUUGAGAGCGACUUCAAGCUGGAGCAGGCCCAGAGCUCGAUGUCUUCUGGGAGAUCGAGUCCUAACCGACGGGCUGCAGACCUGCAGUCCAUGGUCACCGACACAACGGGUCAGACGGGCUUCACACAGUUUGUCUUCGAUAUGAAAACGGACUGCAGAGAACAGCUUGAGCACAUGGUGGCGCUUGGCUAUCAGGAGCACUGGCUUAUCGAGGCCAGACAGCUCAGUUUCAACCCGAAGAACCUGAUUGGGCGUGGAAACUACGGAGUGAUACUUGCCGGGGAUCUACUCGGGAUGCCAGUUGCGGUAAAGCUGCCUCUGGCGAAUGCAUCCUUGUCCUUGCCUGAUUUGGCAAACGAGCUCCGAUUUCUCCGGCGGGUCCGUCAUCCUCACAUCGUUGCAUUUCAAGGUGCCUGCAUCCUGCCACAUGCGGAAGUGUUGUUCCUGGUGGAGGAGCUGGUAAACGGCACCAGUCUGCAGUCGCUCCUGCCGGGAUCUCUGGAGCUGAACCCCCUAGAGAAGCACGCGGUACUGCUUGGAAUCCUCCGAGCGCUGCGGUACUUGCACGGCUUGGUCCCUUCCGUGGCCCACGGGGACCUGAAACCCAGCAACGUCCUGGUCCUGGAGCGCGAUCGUUCUCCGAAGCUGAUCGAUUUUGGACUAUCGCGGAUUCGCCACAGCCACUCGCGCCAGCUGGGAGGAACACCGCGCUACAUGGCGCCAGAGGUGCUUACCAAGACCAUCCAGAUGGCGAAGGCAGACAAGGCAGACAUGUUUUCAUUUGGCAGAGUGAUUUUCUUCGUGCUGGCCGCAGCGAACCCUUUGCAGGGGCUGAGUGUUCAGGAUGUGGUGUCUCAGGCUGAGAGAAAUCAGGUACCGGACCUGCAGUGGCCACCAUCUCCCGUCCCCUACUUCGAGCACGCGAAGCGGCUCGUCGACUCUUGUCUGAGGCCUUCACCCGAUGAACGUCCGAACGCAGAGUCCGCAGAGCUAGCGCUGCGAGCCUGGCUUGAUGCCGACUCGCCCGAUGGACACGACGGGGUCCACCUACGAGAGAUCAUCAGCCACGAUCGGACUGAGGUGGACCCGGAGACAAGGUUGGUGACCUCUUGCGCUGCAGCUGCCAAGCUCUACCUGGCACAGAAAAACCAGAUCUGA